CCAAAAAAUGGGGAUAAUAUUACCUAUUUUGUUACAUGAAAUUGCUUUGAAAAGUACAGGAUUAUAAGUGUGUUCUGAGUUCUUGUUCAUGAGACAACUAGCAAUAACAACCAUGUGACCUUACUAAAGUCCCUGCUCUGCUCUGAACCUUGGUUUCCCCAUCUCUAAAUUGAAAAAAUUAAAUUAAGUUAUCUACAACGUCCAUUGCAGCUCUGAGGUUCUAGAACAUUAAGUAGGGAGCAAUAGCCAUAGAAAAUGGAGACAUAAGUAAUAAUCAUCCUCAUAGUAAAAAUAGUUACCGAGAACUACUUUCAGGCACUAUUCUAAGCACUUACUAUGUACUAAUUCAUUUAAUCCUAACAACCUUCCAAGGCAGGUACUAUUGUUAUUUUGUCUUUACAGAUUAAGAAAUGGGCACAGAGAGAUUAAGUGACCUGCCCUAAGUCACACAGCUACUAAAUGCUAGAGCUGGGGUAGAAGCAGAACUCCCAUGUUUUGCCACUACCACAUACGGCCUCUUUAUCUGCACUGGGGGCAAACAAAGACCCAUAUAGGAGUUACAAUUCUCUGGAGGAAUUAACUUGGCAGAAGGAGUUGCUUGUGGCAGAAAGAAACAUGGUGUAUAUGGAGAGCCAUCAUUUCUUGUCUCUUGUCACUGGAUCUCAAGGUAUAAGUCAAGGAGUAGUAGGAAGUGAGGCUGGAGAGAUUGGCCAAGAUUUGUUCAUGAAGGACCUCUGAGCUGGGCUAAAGUAUCUGGGCUGUAGCUGGAAAGAAAGGGGAGCCAUUAAAGUAUUUAAAACAGAUGAUUGGCAGAGAUCAGAUAUGUAUUUUAAAAUUACCACUUUAUCAACAAUGUUGAGAAAAUAAUGAAAAGAGAAACUACCUAUGAGACCACUAUAACUGCUGAGGCAAAAGGCAGUGGGGGCCUAGAUAAAGCAUGGUCAAUGAGAAUGGUCCCUGAAGAGGACAGAUGGUCUGGAGAGGUCUUUAGUAGGUAAAAUCCACAGGACUUAAUGGGAUUUGAUGAGAGUGAGAUAAAGAUACAAGAGGAUUGACAGGAGUCUUGGUUUUUGGUUUGGUUGACCAGGUAGAUGGUGAGGAAAUGAUAUAUGGAUCAAGUUUCAUCAUGGUGGUAGUGGUGGUGCUGUGAUACUGCUGUCUUUGAAGUGCUUGAAGAAACUUAGUAGAUACAUGCCUGGAGCUAAAGAGAGAGCUGGGGGCUUGGACAGAGAGGUUUAAAAUAAUCAGAAUAAAGGUGAGCGUGACUGGAGAGAAGAGGAUGGAGAAGAGAACAUAAAUAUUUCAGGGGAGAAUGAGAAAGAAAAAUCAGGAGAGUGUGCUGGCAAGGAAGCUGAUGGAGGAGUUUGUAGGGAGGAGUGGUCUGUAGGGAUAGAUAUUCCAGAAAAGUCAGGGAAGAAAAGAUCUUCAAGACAUCCACUGGAUUUAACCACAAAGAUGACCUUUUGAAGAGCUUUCUUGGUGUGUGUUUGAGGGUGGGUGAAGCCAGACUACAGAGAUUGGAUAAGUGAAUGGAAGGUGGUGAAGUACAUAGUAGAAAACUCUUUGGAUAUGUUUGGUUAAGAAGGGAGAGAUGAAGAGAAAGAUAGCUAGAGUGAGACAAAGGACCAUAGAAGUUUAUUGUUUGGUCUCCUAAGAUGGUUGAGGGGGAGGAGCCAGUGUGAGGAGGCUGAAGGUACAGAGUAUGUAGUAGCCCUCUUACUCCUAACAACUUCAUGAGAAAGGGACUUUCAUUUCUGUCUUAUAGAUGAGGAAACUGAGUCCCAAAGAAGGGAAGAGACUUACCCAAGAUUACUCAGCUAGGAACUGAGAGUGCUGAGCUGCAAAUCUGGAUCUGGCAUUUCCUUGUGCUCAUAAUGAGAAUAGUUCUCCAGUUAGCCAAGAUGAACCUCAUGGACAUCACCAAGAUCUUCUCCCUCCUGCAGCCCGACAAGGAGGAGGAGGACACCGACACGGAGGAGAAGCAGGCUCUCAAUCAAGCAGUGUAUGACAACGACUCCUAUACCUUGGACCAGCUUUUGCGCCAGGAGCGUUACAAACGUUUCAUCAACAGCAGGAGUGGCUGGGGCGUUCCUGGGACACCCUUGCGCUUGGCUGCUUCUUAUGGCCACUUGAGCUGUUUGCAGGUCCUCUUAGCACAUGGCGCUGAUGUUGACAGCUUGGAUGUCAAGGCGCAGACGCCACUUUUCACUGCUGUCAGUCAUGGCCAUCUGGACUGUGUACGUGUGCUUUUGGAAGCUGGUGCCUGCCCUGGUGGUAGCAUCUACAACAACUGUUCUCCCGUGCUCACAGCUGCCCGUGAUGGUGCUGUUGCUAUCCUGCAGGAGCUCCUAGGCCAUGGUGCAGAGGCCAACGUCAAAGCUAAACUACCAGUCUGGGCAUCAAACAUAGCUUCAUGUUCUGGCCCCCUCUAUUUGGCCGCAGUCUACGGGCACCUUGACUGUUUCCGCCUGCUUUUGCUCCACGGGGCAGACCCUGACUACAACUGCACUGACCAGGGCCUAUUGGCUCGUGUCCCACGACCCCGCACCCUCCUUGAAAUCUGCCUACACCAUAAUUGUGAGCCAGAGUACAUCCAGCUGUUAAUAGAUUUUGGUGCUAAUAUCUACCUUCCAUCUCUAUCCCUUGACCUGACCUCACAAGAUGAUAAAGGCAUUGCAUUGCUGCUACAGGCCCGAGCCACUCCACGGUCACUUCUAUCACAGGCCCGUUUAGUCAUCCGCAGAGCCCUGUGCCAGGCUGGCCAGCCACAAGCCAUCAACCAGCUGGAUAUUCCUCCCAUGUUGAUUAGCUAUCUAAAACACCAACUGUAAUCUUGCAGUCUCCCCAGGAACUUAUGAUGCCUCCAAAAACCACCUGGAGACUCAGGUAGCUGGAGGGCAUUACAGCCUCAUCCACUUACCUGGAGUUGCUCUCCUGUAUUAUCCUCCACAAUAAAAUUAUCCAGAAAAUAAGU